AUGUCGAAUGAGUAUAAAAAAAUACCAAUUGAAGGUCCCACUGGUUAUGGGACCAUGUCACUUACAAUGAGAUCAGAGAGACUUGAUAAUCAGGAUUGUUUUGAUGCAAUUAACAAAGCUCUUGAGCAAGGUAUUACAUUCUUUAAUGUGGGUGAGUUUUACGGUGAUGAUAAGGACCGAUUCUUGAAUCUUAAGCUAUUCAGGGAGUAUUUUGCGAAAUAUCCCCAGAACAGGGAUAAAAUGACGAUAUCCGUGAAAGGAGCAAUUGAUCCAAAUACAUUUAUACCUAGUAACACUCCUGAAGAGCUUACAAAAUCCAUCAAGCAUAUUGCAAGUUACUUCCCCGAUAAUAAAUUUGACAUUUUCGAGCCUGCCAGAAUGGAUAAUAUUCAUUCUCCCGAGGAGGUGUUUAGUUUCUUAAAGCGUUUUGUUGAUGACGGGACAAUUAAGGGUCUUUCCAUCUCUGAAGUUAACGGCAAAACUGUUUCCAGAGCAUUGAGUGUGUUUCCUGCAUUGAGUUGCGUUGAGGUUGAAUAUUCGAUGAUGCAAACGGACAUUUUGACAAACGGUGUGAAUGACGUGUGUCGCAAGCAUGGAAUUCCGAUUAUUGCGUACUCACCUCUUGGAAGAGGAUAUCUCACAGGAAGUAUUCGGAAGAUUGAAGACAUUCCAAAAGGUGAUUUCAGGAGAAGCAUUGGAAGAAUGUCAAGUGAUGAAGUUCUUAAAGCUAAUUUUGCCGUUGUUAAACUGGCACUUGAUUACGCUGAGAAAAAGAAUUGUACGGCAGCCCAAAUCGCACUUGCAUGGAUUCGCAAGCAUAAUGAAUUUCCAGAGAAAUAUGCGCAUAUCGUGCCAAUACCAUCUGGAUCGUCAGUUAAAAGAGUUACCGAAAACAGCACUCUUGUUAAAUUGACCGAUGAGGAGUUUGCUGAUAUGAAUGAGAAGAUCUCGAAGUUCGAUAUAAAAGGUCUAAGAUAUAACGAGUAUGAGGAGCAGUACUUAAACUUGUGA